AUGGAAUCGCACGAGACGGAGGAGAGCAACAAGGAGACGGAGGAGAGCAACAAGGAGGUCACGCGGCUGAUGGAAUCCCACGAGGUGGAGCAGCAGCUGAGGCUGAUAGGGCAGCGCAUCCGCAGCACGUUGGACCGCGGGGUCAUCAUCAGUACCGCGCUGCUCGAGCUGCGCGACCUGCUCAACCUCGAGAACGCCGCGCUGUGGCUGCCCGCGCCCAAUGGGCGGUCGCUGGAGCUGACGAACGAGUGCGAGCACAGGGUCAACCCCAUACUCACGCUCGUGCCACUGAAAGACAAGGUCGUCUCGCAGGUGAUAGCCAACCGUGCAGCCAUGGUCAUCCCAUCAUCCUGCCAGCUCGUGGAGUGCUCUGCGCUGCCGCCCCCGCUAGGCUCGGGCCGAACCAUUGAGGGAGGUAAGGCGGCGUGCUGCUUGCUGUGCACCGCGCCGAGGGGCUGGUAG